AAUCUAGUCUAGCAGUUAGCUCAAAUAUGUCGAGUAUCAAGUUUAUCUCCGUGUGUGCUAUUUUUGCAUUAGUUGUAACCCCGAAUAUAGCUUCAAAAAUUUUGGCAAUAGUUCCUACAGCUACGUACAGUCAUCAGCUAGCCUUUCGAAAUGUGUGGAUUGCAUUGGCGAAUAGAGGACAUCAAGUGACUUUACUCACUACUCAUCCAAUGAACAAUCCCGACUUGAAGAAUUUGCGAGAGAUCGACACGGGCAGUUCCUCCAAAAUAGUCGAGGACUACAUCGAGCUGAUACACAAAUCGCCCGAAUCUAAAGCGUUCAAAUUGAUGACGAGCAGUUUCGAUGAUACCAUGAGGCAUCAAUUGUCCCUCGAACCAGUCCGGAAUUUAAUUCACAACGAAAGUGGAUUCGACCUAGUGAUAACCGAAUCGAUAGCUUACGAAUUUCUAGCUUUCGCGGAUUUGUAUAAGUGCCCAAGGGUUUUGGUCUCAUCAUUCCAACCAUUGAAUUUUGUUCUCAGUGUAUUAGGUAACCCCACUAGUCCUGCCAUUCCAACUAUAGAAAUUUCGAUACUAACAGGACAGGUAGGUAAUACCUUCUACAUCAGGUUCAAGGGUUUCAUGAUGUCGCUUCUUUACUUGCUAUUCAAAUGGGUCGAGCAUUUGCCUCUGCGACACGAGAUACUAAAGGAAGCCUUCGGACCGAACGUUAGAAGGCCAACUGAAAUAUUAAGGGACACUGAUCUACUUCUCAUUAGUUCGAGCCCUAUCAUAACUGGAAUUACUUCUGUAGGACCUAAUAUUGUGCACAUUGGUGAUGGUUUACAUAAUUUUCCUCCGAAGCCUUUACCUAAAGAUUUGCAGAAAUUCUUAGAUAGCGCGACGGAAGGUUGCAUUUAUUUUAGUUUAGGGACCAAUUCUAAAGGUACUUACCUACCACCGGAAGAAAUCCAACUCUUUUUAGACACGUUCAAGGAAUUACCUUACAAAGUUUUAUGGAAAUUCGAAAACGUUGAUAUGAUCAAACCACCCAAAAACGUCAAACUAAUGCCUUGGCUACCCCAACAAGACGUUCUAAGACAUCCCAACGUUAAGUUGUUCAUUAUGCAAGGCGGUCUUCAAUCAUUGGAAGAAUCGAUUCUCAGUCGAGUUCCUAUGCUUAUUAUCCCUGGAUGGUACACUGAUCAAAAAGCUAAUGCCAUGCAAAUGGAACUUAAAGGGGUUGCUCGAAUCGUACAUCAUAAACCACUACCAAGCAAAGAAUACUUAACGGAAGUAAUUAAUGAUGUUAUUACUAAUCCCAAGUAUAUAGAUAAUGUUAACAAAAUAGCAGAUUUAAUUACUGAUCAACCGAUGAAGGGAGUAGACAAAGCUGUAUGGUGGAUAGAAUAUGUACUUAGACAUAAGGGAGCCAAGCAUCUAAGACACCCGGCGAUUGACAUACCAUUUUAUCAGUAUUAUUGUUUAGAUAGCAUAAGUGUGGUAAUCGGAAUUGUGGUUAGUGUAUGUGCAAUUUUAAUUUGGAUAGCGAAGAAAAUAUUAAGAGCGGUUGUUGGUAUAUUGCAUAAAAGCACACCCACGGUUAACAAGAAGAAAGUGACUACAAAACGAUCUAAAAAAGACAGCUAAUAAAUAAAAGAUUCAUUACAUGUGUUUUUAAUAUUAUCUAGUAAUUUUUAAUAAAAACAAUAACAUCCCAGAAGUGUUCUUUCGG